AUGGUUAAUACUUUUGAAAGUUCUUCGGCCAGUAGCUCUCGGUCAUCGUCGUCGGAGGGGGCCUCGUUCGGUAGUUCGAGCUUUUCUAGUGUGGUUCGGUCUUCAGAUCAUGCUGAAAGGCCGAAUGAGACUACUUCGGAGGAAACUUCUACUAGCGGGGUUGCCGAGGUACAGGGGAAGUUGAAACGCGUGUCGAAUCGGCAACGGUAUGGUCCGUCCGAGGUGCCUGGCUACGAGUGGGUGAACAGGGAGGUGACCUCCUACUAUUCACGGUACCAAGACACAAGCAUGAUCACCAACCUUCUAGAUUAUACAAAUUGCUUAACUUUUAAUGCUAAGGAGAAUCCGUACCCGAUCGGUAUUCGGUCGUGCCGAAACAAUGCCUUUCCGAACCCUGAUACCGUUUGUCUUGAUCAAAGUGGGGCGAAAAUGGAAUCGUUCUACAUAUAUGAUUGUCUCCUUCGGGAUCUCAAAGUAAAACUACCUUUUGAUGAGUUUACUAUGGGAGUGUUGAGGGUUCUCAAUGUUGCCCCAACCCAAUUACAUCCGAACAGCUGGGCUCAACUGCAGGGUUUCAAGCACUUGUGCCGAUGUAUUCACAUUAGGCCUUCCCCACUGCUCUUUCUUUAUUUCUACUCGUCCAGACCCUCCAUAUUGGCCAAGUGGUUGUCAUUGAGCCGAGUAGGGGAAAGACAAUUGUUGGAUAGCUUUACAUCUUCCUAUAAGAAUUUCAAAGCGGGAUUUUUUCGAGUGACCAUUCGUCCGAAUGGGAGACGUUUCUUUUUUGGUGAGGAUAACAGAAGCUUGUUUCCUCUAUACUGGACACGUGCCCCUCGGCCAUACGAUGUAGUACCGAAGAGUCUUCUUUCGGCUGAAGAACGGAAAGAUUUAAAACUGUUACUCCGCCUUCCUCGGCGCUUGCCGACCCGAUCUCUAAUUAACUUGGUUGAGUCUCCCCUAUGGGAGAACGACCUGAUAGGAAUUAUGGUGUCCAGUGGAGCUGACGAACUUAACAUCCACAACUUGUUGGCCGUUAGAGUGAAGCAGGUUAAGCAAGUCGGGGGUGUUGGUACUUCGAAUGUUGCGCGCACUCCCCAACGUGAGCAAGAUAACCGAGAGCUUCCUUCGCCCGAACGAAAAAAGAAGAAGGGGAGGAAGGGGAAAGAGGUUGAUCGGUGCCCGAGGCAUCACCCAAUCGGACCGUGAUUGUGGUGCCGCCCCAACUAAUG